AUGAGAGCCACGGGUCCUUCAGUUGUCAUAAUCCAGCAUUUAAAAUCCUUGGGGAUUAAACUACGGAUGCCAAAGAAGACGAUCAGCCCUGAUGUCCAGAGGAAAUCAUCCAGUGGAGGGCUAUUUGGGGUUCCCCUUCAGUCACUCCCACCCAGCGCAGGGGGGGAGGUUCCACAGCUCGUGGUUGACAUCUGCCAGUUCUUGAGCUACCAUCUCUCUGCUGAAGGCCUCUUCCGGAAGUCUGGGUCAGUAAAUAGGAUCAAGACUCUCAAGGUGCAGCUCGAGUCUGGGGAGACCUCCCUGUCUUCUGCCCAUCCCAGCGAUGUAGCUGCUCUGCUGAAGCAGUUUUUCCGGGAGCUCCCACAGCCGCUUCUCACACCAGAGCUACAAGACCCCCUGUGCCAGAUUCAGCAGACUCUAUGUGAAGAGGAGAGGGGUUCUGCCACAACCCUGGUGACUUGUCUCCUCCCGCCUGCCCAUGGGGAGACCUUGAGGUACUUCUGUACCUUCCUACAAAAUGUGGCCUCCAGGUGUGAUGAGAACAGGAUGGACUCUGGGAAUCUGGCCGUAGUUUUAGCUCCGAGUCUGUUCUCUAGCAGCAACUUGGGAGAAAAGCUGACCCUUGCCACGGAGAAACAGCUGCAACUCCAGGCCUCUGCCAUUCAAAGCCUCAUCGAGCGAGCCCAGGAUAUAGGGCAGGUUCCUUCGUUUAUCUUGGAGAAAAUUUCUCUCCCCUGUGACGCGGGUGAGGAGGAUUCGGUCAGCCAGAACCCAGAGGGUCUUCGCAGGAGACGUCGGCGCAGUAUGAGCGGAAUUGUCAAUGACGCUUUAAACAAACUGAAGUCUGGCCUGGGUCCUUCCAGCCUUAAUACAGAUCGAGCGUCUGGUAAGAAAGAUUUCAAAGCCAAACGUAAAGCGUCGGAGGAUUCUGGUUGUGCAGAAUUUUGUACACCCAAGAAACGUAAGUCAUUACGGGAGACUACAGAUGAGCAUGUUGACGAUGAAGAUGUGAAAGAACCAUGUGCAUCCCGGUCUCCAUUGACAGGUAGUGGAGAGGUGUUUUCUGACUUUGCUGUGAGUCCUGGAGACUUUUUAGACCUCAAUUCAGAAUCCCCUGCUGUUCCAUCAACUCCUGAUUCCUCCUCUCGUGGACAGAAAGGCAGAAAUAAGCGGAGAAACAGCAAACGCGUAAAGAGGAUGCACUCUGGCCUGAUCUCUGUUUCUCCUGCUCAGCUGGACAGAAAGGAGAAGGUUCGUAAUUCACUGAGAAUCUUUAAUCGGGCGCGCACGACCAAACAGCCACAACCGAAUCCAGAAUGUAAAAGCCUGGAGCAGACUGGGUGGCAUUUGAUGAAGAAGAUGGUUGCAGAUGCUCUGGAUGGGCCUUUCUUCAAUGGAAAAGAUUUCAGAGUGGCUCUGAAAACUUCAAACAGUGUUGAUACCCCAGGUAACAGGGAUUCCUCUCUUCAAACUCAAUCAUCACCUCCCUCAUUGAUGUCCUCUCCUUCCUUAAAGUUGCUGGCCCUGGGCAGUGAGGAGGUGGAAGCGGCAAGGUCUAGUAAGAAGCGCAGGACAUUACGUCGUUCACUCAGCAUGCCCGAGAAGGUGGGUGAAUGUGUUCAAGGUGACGGAGAUCAAGAGCCAUUCCUUGAGACCAGUUUGACCCUUAACAAGGAAGGCAGAAGCCAAGAUGAUGGGCUCAAUUUCUCUGCAGAUAAUGCAUAUAUUCAGGCAUUUGAUGGUGACCCUUUGAAAUACUGCUUAAACACGGAUAAUUCUCAAGAUGUUCCCGAUCAGGUCUCUGUGGGUGAACAAAGUUCUCCCCAUCCCAUUCCACCCCUAAGAAGACCUAAUGGCAUUGGUCACACAUCCCAAUACCGAAGUGUAAGGAAAUUGGUCCUAAGCUUUCCUUGGGUGCCCAGCAUUUCAGAUUUGGAUCCCCAGCAAAAAGACUGGGAAAAGCUGGCCACUCACACUAUCAGACGUAAAGGGGCAAGACGAUUUGGACGCUCAUUGAGUCAGGAAUGUGGUCUGAGGUCAAAUGGAGACCAGAUUGGAUUUAAAAGAUCAGAAGACAACGUUGGUGAUGGCAACUCAAAAUUCCUAAGUGCACGGAACCGACAAGUCUUUGUUAGCCGUAAAAAUAUUACUCUGAGCCACUGGGGCCAGCAUAGCCUGGAGUUGGGGCACCAAGUAUCCUUUGAGGAUACCCCCAUAGAUACCGAGAGGCAGCUAUUGGACACACCUUUGAGUCUAGAAGAAUGCCCACUCACUUGUUGUAGACUGGAACCUAUAAGUGACACGGUGGAUUUAGAAGGUCAAUAA